AUGCAGAUCUUGAUGGCCAUGGUCAACCACUUCCCAUCCUCUCCAGCGCCCCCUUCCCCGCCCAAAUCUUUGUCUGCUCCACCGCCGUCAUCAACCGCAUCCUUGGCUUGCCCCAGCUCUCUAGCUUCAAACGCCAGUUUUUGCCUUGGCUUGCUAAGAACCAAUGCAACCGGGCCUCCUCAAAAAAUUGCCCUUGCUUCAACCAAGUCCAAGCUCAACUUAUCAACGGACACUAACAGCGGCGCUAAUGCACUUGAGCAGAAACCCAACCCCUUUGUAGAAUAA